GUAAACCUCGUUGAUUGACAUUAUAGUCUUUUACCCGGUUUAUUCGGCACAUUGCCUCUCGCUUUCUGAAUUCCCUCGUCAGAAAAGUUUUGAUUUAUUUCAUUUGGAAUUCUCUUGCUUAUUUGCUUUCUACUCUCCCAAAAGGACCACCCGAUCCCGUCCAGCCGUUCGCGAAAAAAAGACCUUCGCAAUUUGGUGCCUGGGUACUUGUGGCUACUAGACAACACAUAUUCUUUACCACACUUGACCAGUCACGUCCGGUCCCCCACGCUCGAGCAAGCACAUACAGCUCACCGACUCGCUGCCAGAAGAGAAAGAAAAGAAGAAUAAAAGGAGGGGGGAAAGAGAAACAAAAUAAAAACAAGCUGCAAAGAAAGAAAAAAAAGGCAACACAGCUACACAUUCACGAUUAGACGAAAAGAUUCCAUUCACAAAAGAACAAGCCAUCGAAGCAACAAACCCCGAUCGGGCUUCGACGCCCACCCUUUACCUCUCGCAUUACCACCACUCCCGCAAGUUGCUGCAUCCUCCCCAGCGAGCAUCGCGCCACAACAACCAUGGCUGAGAAGCCUUCGGUUCUCAUCAUUGGCGGGUUGGGAUACAUUGGUCGGUUCCUGGCUCUGCACAUCCAUAAAAAUGGCCUGGCUUCAGAAGUGAGGGUAGUGGACAAGGUGUUGCCUCAGCUGGCCUGGCUCGCUCCUGAAUUCAAAGAUGCUUGCGCCGGAGACAAAUUCGUGCAGGCAGAUGCAAGCAGAAAGGAGUCUAUGGCGCGUAUAUUUGACCGACCAGACGGGAAAGAGUGGGACUAUGUGUUCAACUGCGGAGGCGAAACCAGGUACUCGCAAGAAGAUGAGGUUUACAAGUUGCGCUCGCUGGGCUUAUCACUCGCCCUCGGCAACGAGGCAGCCAAACGCAAAAUCAAGGUGUUUGUCGAGCUUAGCACCGGAAUGGUGUACAAGCCCGACUCACAGCCAAGCAAAGAGGGAGACAAGCAAAAGCCAUGGAGCAAGAUUGCUGUGUUCAAGCAGCAGGCCGAGGAGCAACUGGCAAAGAUUGAGGGUUUGAAUCUCGUGAUCGCCCGUUUGGCGCACGUCUACGGACCCUAUGCCUCUCAGUGGGUUGCGACGGCGCUCUGCAUGGCGCGCGUGUACAAGGAGAAAGAUGAGGAGAUGAAAUGGCUGUGGACAAAGGACCUGCGCACAAACACGGUCCACAUAAGUGACGUUGUUCGGGCACUGUGGGACAUGGCUUCGUGGUACGAUGCUGGCAAAAAGGGUUGGGACAACAAAACAAUGGGCGAGGUUGUAACCUUCAACGUGGUUGACAAAGGUGUCACAACCCAGGGUGUCAUGGCCGAGUUGAUCGGAGACAUAUUCGGUAUCCAGACUGGCUUCCAAGGGCAGCUGAUCAGCACAUUUGCCCGGAUGAACAUGGACAGCGUCGUCGACGACGUCAACGACAACAUGCUGGGACCAUGGGCGGAACUAUUAGAGCAAGCAGGCAUCGGCAGACCGGGUCCUCUGACUCCAUUCAUGGAGAAGGAGCUUCUCAAGGACACGGACCUCAGCAUGGACGGCUCUCGACUCGAGACGGUGCUUGGAUUCAAAUACGAGAAGCCCAAGAUUACCAAGGAAUUACUCGAGGAGGUGAUCGAAAGCUACAAGAAGAUGAACUGGUGGCCGGCUUGAUUGGGGCCAGUACAGGCAUAAAAAGCCACAAGAGAUGACAAGGUGGACAAGGCGCAACGCAAUACGAUGCGGCUUCGCGCAGAAAACAAAACAAAAAAGAGAUUCUUCGGCCGAGGCAGGCCGUUUUUGGAGCGUGUCAUGAGUUGAACCUUUGUGACAUCCUCAACUGGAGUCAGAUAGUCUAAGCCCUUGAGCCGAUUCAAAGGUCAACACUGUAACCGUGAGAGGACAGAAUCGCGCCAUAUUGGACGCAAGAAAAAAAACAAAAACAAAAAAAAAAAAAAAAAAGUAUUUCGCCAGAGUGUAAAGGGGU